UCUUCUGUUCGUGGUUCCUUCUCAACCGUUUUUGCUACGUAAGAACUCUCAAAGUUCUUACAUUCUUCUCAAAGUCCUGCCAUUCUUUGUCCUCGAAUUUGCUGCUGGAAGCAAGAACUGCAAGGAUAUCCUUUGCUCGAGAGCUGCAUUGAUGCAAAUCUCCUCUUCUUCGUUCUUUAACUCAUACUAUAAAGUUUCAUUUCUUUCAUGGGUUUUUAAACUAUCGCCCUAUGGCGCUGAGCGCCCCAGUGAUCAAGACGAUCGCCCAGAAGAUCGCGCCCAAGAGCUGGCUGGUGCCCGAUCGGAGGAGAACCUUCGAUGCGCUCAAGGAGGAGGCGCGGCGCGUUCAUCUGCUGCUCGAGGUCCGCGACGCACGGGUCCCAUUCACGUCCGCGAAUCUCCAGUUCCAGCGCUUCCUCAAAUGGAAGCACCACAUCACCGUCUUCACCAAGAUCGAUCUCGCCGACAAAGAAAAGCUAGCAGAAUGGAAGAACUACUUCAAAGGAGAGAACUAUUUCUUCUUGAACUCCUAUAGCAGGCACUGCGUAUCAGCGCUUAUGUCUCUCUUGAAAGCCCGAUUGCUCGAAGCUUCUCCAUCGGAUUCUACCAAAGUUGUGAUGGUCGUCGGCCUUCCCAGCGUUGGCAAGACAACGCUCGUAAAUGGCCUCCACCGCAUUGGAAGGCGUCGUGUGCAAAUGCUGGAGAAGCUAACGCUGAGCAAGGUUAGCCUCACUCCAUAUCAAACGACGUCCUUCUUCAACUGCAAGAUAUGCUACCGUCCUCCCAUGUACGCAAUGGACACUCCAUCAGUCAUGUAUCCUACCAUUCUUGACGCUGAAACUGGGCUUAAGCUCUGUCUCACAGGAGCGAUGCAAGACUCGGUCGUGGGCGAGGUAAAGCUUGCUCGCUUCCUCCUUGCGGUGAUCAACUCCAUGCGCUCCAGCGUCCACUCGGUGUGGAAAGCCGAAUUCGAGGCCAAGAGAUUCAUGAAAGACCCGCUAGACAAGACCAAGAAAACCGACAGAAAACUGAUAAGGCUCGACGAUAACUUCGUGCAAGUGAAGGGGAUAAUCGCGACGGAGCUGCUGAGCUUCGAGGGAGAUCUUCGCCGCGAGGGCGAGAUGCAAAGGCUCGUGGAUCAUCAGUUCCGAGCGCUGCACGGAUUCUACGAGAGCGUCCGGACGAGCCGGAGGAUCAUCACGGACUUUCGAAUCGUGCGGAGGCUUCUAAGUUUGUACCGUGUGGGAAAGCUCGGCCGCUACACCUGGGACACUGUUCCAACCAUGAGCACCGAGCUACUCAAACAUAAUCUUAGCUAGCACUAAGUAGUUACCACUAGGCUAAUUUAUAGAGAUUGUUGUUUAACACCGAGUUA